AUGUUUCGCCGGGGCUAUAAGGGCUCUGAAAGGCGAAGACAUGUCAGCGAGCGCCUCAGCUGGCAGCAAGACCAGGCGCUGACCAGCAACAUCUACCUGCUGCGAGAGAUGGGCCCCACUGGUUUCCUGCUCAGGGAGGAGGAGCCGGAGAACAGAGAUUUCCGAGUUUUCCUAGGAAAUCCUCAUUCUUGUAAUUGUUCCACAUUUCUGAAAGGAGGGGAUCUUUGUAAGCAUAUCUGCUGGGUUUUGUUGAAAAAAUUCAAGCUUCCAAGGAAUCAUGAAUCUGCUUUCCAGUUGGGUCUUAUGGAAGCAGAAAUCAGUGACUUGCUGCGGGGAAUACAUCGAGUUCAAACUCCCCAACCAGGAACAAAUGAGGAAAAUACGCAUGUUGAAGAAGAUGGGUGUAUAAAACAGAAGGAAGUUGGCUCAGAGGAUAUCUGCUCUAUUUGUCAAGAAGUGCUUUUAGAGAAAAAGCUUCCCAUCACCUAUUGCAGGUAUGGCUGUGGCAAUAAUAUUCAUAUAAAAUGCAUGAAGAUCUUAGCUAAUUAUCAGGAUAUGACACCAAACACUUCCAUGUUGAAAUGUCCUCUGUGCAGGAAAGAUUUUGCACCAUUAAAACUUAUUUUAGAGGAAUUCAAAAACUCAAGCAAACUUGAGAGUGUAGCAGAGAAAGAGCGACUGGAUAAACACCUUGGAAUUCCCUGUAAUAACUGUAAACAAUUUCCAAUUGAAGGAAAGUGUUACAAGUGUACUGAAUGUAUUGAGUAUCACUUAUGCCAGGAAUGUUUUGAUAAAUGUUGCCAUCUUUCCCAUAUAUUCACAUUUCGUGAGAGAAGAAACCAAAAGUGGAGACCCCUGGAAAAAAGAUCAAAUGAAAUUAUAAAAUAUACAGAUAUUAAAAAUGAGAUAGAAGAAAAGAUUGCACAUUUUCAAGAAAAGCAAAGCCAGCUUAAUACACCAAAACAGAUUGUAAAGUCACUGCCUCUCUUACUGGUUACAAAGAGUAGUAAACUGCUUGCUCCAGGCUACCAGUGUCGACUUUGUUUGAAAGUAUUUCGCCUUGGUCAACAUGUAAGAUUGCUAUCAUGUACUCACAAGUUUCACAGGAAAUGUAUUGACAAUUGGUUACUCCACAAGUGCAAUUCAUGCCCUAUUGAUAGACAAGUUAUAUAUAACCCUUUAAUCUGGAAAGAUACAGCAAUGAAUGGACAAGCACAUCAGUCUGUUUCUGACAUAGACAUCACCCAUCCAUCAAAGCAAGAACCACAACUUUUCAUUCCUGGUACUAGAUUAAUCUUACAGCAAAAUAGACUUGGAAUUUUACCUAGCAUACCUCAAGGGAAUUCUGAAAAGUUGAAUACACCUCAAAGUCCAACAGAUGCAUAUCAGAAUAUAAUAGCAGAUAAUGUACAUUCUAUUGAACUAGGUGAUUCAAAUUCAAGAAAUGUAAUCUAUGAAUAUAAAAUUAGCCAACAUUUCCCCAGGUAUCUUCAAGAUUUACCCACCAGAUCACUUGGAAAAAUAUCAUCUCAAGCAUGUCUUCCUUCUAUUACACCCAAGGUUGUAUGUUCUACUAGAAUGGCAGGCCCAAAUAUCAGUGACACCGGUGAAAGGCAGAUGACCAAAGACCCUAAUAACCACAUUCCAAAGAAAACUCUUAGUACUGAAAUGAGAGAGAACAUCAGUAGAUCAAAUACUUUGCUUCCAGAGGAUUUAAGUCUUUUUGUCAAUUGGGGUACAACAAAACUUAGUUUGUCUAAGAGGUAUAAUAAUUGUAUCGGUAAAAUGAGACAAAAAAGGCCAAUAUCUCACCCUCUCAGUACAAAAAGUAAUGAAAUAUCUUUAAUAAUGGAAGGAGUUAAAUUGUGA